AUGGCAGACGAAAAAGGUCACUCGAGCCUGCCGUUUCUCGGCGCCAGCCGAAAGAACAACUACGGCUUCAAGCAGGCCGACUUCGACUAUACACAGCUCCCUGACUGGGACACCAACUUUCUACCCGAGGAAGAUGUCGCGGCUUUCGCGCAGGCCCUGAGCCCCCCCGAUCUUGCCCACCUCGCCUCCCCAGACGACGACUCCUCAAUCCGUAGCCCCCGCAGUCCCAGUCUACCGACAGCUUCGAGCUUUGACGGGGUCACCAGGCGAGCAACCUCGGUCGCCUCGGUCGACUUUGGCCAACAAUCCCCAUCGACAGAGAACCACCCCGCCACCCGCCGGGACAGCAAUGCCGACAGCUUGUUCAUCACAGCCCAAAACGACUGGGCGCCCGUCAAUCAGAAGGUGCCGCGGCGGCGCAAGCGUAGGCGGCCCGGGAUCGGCGGGCGGACGGUGGACGAGACACGCGAGGGCUACCUCUACAGCCUGCUAAAGUAG